CUGGUUUCACGUGAGCACACGCCUAUUGUUCGACAGAGUUGCUGUUGGCGAUUACUAAGUAAAUGGCUACAGAAAAACACCAGUGGGAAACACGGUUGAAGCCCCAACUAGUGGAAGUGGCCGAAAUAUUGAGUCCACGCCGCAAUCGGCUUCCGGCACGUCUUUUUAGUAAAGACCUGAUCAGUCAAGACGACUUAGACCGUUUCAACGCACCAACUAUAGUAGAAACGGAUUUGGCUUUGGAUAUUCUAAAUCUGCUUCUUCGUCGACAACGUCCCGGAUCAUUCGACACAUUUUGUGAUGUUCUUCUUCAGACAAAAGAUGACACAUUACGUGACGUGGAGAGGCAGCUUCGUCCACAUGUGCAACGUCAAGACAACACCGAGAGUCAUGAUGUAGCAGAACAAAACAGUUUGCACGUGACAGAACGUCAGCUGCAGCAUUCUAGUGACAAUUUGUAUUCUAAAACAGAUUGUGGCUCUGGUGAUGACAAGUCUAAUCAGAGACUUGACAGAAAAUCUAUUCAAUUUUUUGUGGAAAAAGAUUUACUGGAAGAAUUCAACAAACAAUCGCAGCGCCUAUCACUUGCUUUGGCUCAUGGACUUGAUGUUCCAAUGGAAAAUAUUACAUCACAUCCAGCAUGUGGUCAAAUCCCUUGUUCACAGAGCAAACGGGCUUAUGUUAUUCAUGUUGCUAAGAAGGCUGUGAUUACAAUUCUUGUCAGUGGAGUUGAAAGAGCUGCAAUUGAGAAGCAGAGCAACAUGAUAAUCAAUUUACUUGCUGUAACUGCCCAAUUCACAGAAUCGCAGAUCGAAAUUGUUCAAAUUUUGCCUUCAAACAGUUGUUUGUUGGUUAUCCGCUUGCCAGGAUUGGCAAUGGUGCGUCUUAUUAUUGCCUUUCUUAGUCCACAAAUGAGGCCCGUGUUUCUUCAACGUCUUGCAAGAGUUUUGCCUGAAUCAGCCGUGGAGAUUAAAUUUGGGUUUGCAUCACUCCCAGAGUGUUCGGCUGCAUUACCGUCGUUGCGUUAUAGAGACAACUCUCAGGACUUUCAUACAGGUCAGCAAACAAAGAGUUCAUCAGGAAUUUUUAAGACAAACAAGGCGACUUUGUCUUCAUCGUUAACAGUGGAAUUACAAUUCAAGAAGACUGUCAAGUGUAUCAGUGACUUGUUUGAUGUUGUUGAUGGUGUGGCUGAUGAUCUGCAAAUGUGUAAGAAACAGGUCAGUGGUAUACAAAAGCAACUCCAGCACACAAAGAAGUUGAACAAGUUAGAUAAGACAAUAUUGGGCAAACUUGAGGAGGGCAAAAUUGAGAUUGCACUACAGCUGAAUCAAGAUGAUUGUUCAGUUGGUGCUUGUUGUGCAAGAAUGAAACUCCAAGAACAUAACGUUGCAAGAGAUGUAAAUGAUAUGUGUGAUGCAGUUGAAGGCUAUCAAAAGAGUAUUCACUCGCAUGUAGAACAAAUGUCACAAGUGGCAGAGCCAAUGACAUACAGUCACACAUGUACAUUAAUAGAAAGAUUGCAAACUAGGAUAGCUACUGUGAAGCUUCUUAGGAAAGAGAAGCUGUACAAAGCUGAUCACAACAAAUCAGAUGAAGACAAACUUGAUGGUUGUGGGUCAUUGAAGGCUCAGCUGUUUGAUUUGUGUGACAUUGUGGGUGACAAGUGGCGUGAUUUGGCUGAUCGUCUCAAGAUGAGCAGAUAUGAUGUUGAGAUGAUAGAACUGGAGGUUCAUACGAAGAAGGAACGAGCAUUUAUGAUGCUAUGCAAAUGGCAGUCGAUGGUAGGAGACAAUGCAACUGUGGAGAAGGUAAAAGCUGAACUAAAAGAGAUUGAAGAGCAGAAGAAGGAAGAAGCCAUUGCAAGUAUAGUGUUUCCCAAUGAGCUAAUGGAAGAAAAGCAAUUUUGUGGUCGCAAGAAUGAGUUGACAAUUUUGUCCAACACAAUGUGGGGAGAAAAGGCUCCACAUGUGUGUACGUCAUUGAAAUUCUGCUGUGUGGUGAUCAAAGGAAUGGGCGGAGUGGGCAAAUCAUCUUUGGCAGCCAAAUAUGCAUUUCAAUGUAAAUAUCUGUAUAGUGAUGGAGUGCUGUAUUUCAAUGCAGAAUCAUGGGCAACGCUGACAAACUCAGUCAUACACAAUCUCACAGUUUUGUCUUUAAGUUCUCCUUCUGUUUCACGUUCUCAAAGUCGAUUUGAUGAGUUAAAGAGCAAUCCAUUAGAAGACAAGAAUGCAGUGCUGCUUAACCACAUUUCCAAGCUUUCUAAGAUGUUGCUGGUGUAUGAUGGUGCAGAUGAUCUCUCUUUUCUGCCUAAAAUUCUUCCUCGUUCAACUGCUCGUGUCCAUGUAUUGAUCACAACUCGAUGUGAUGAUUGUUCUGUGUUACAGAAAUCACUAAAUCAUGUCAUCUCUCUUGGUUGUUUGGAAGCCAAAGAUGCUGUAGCAGCUGUAGCCAUGUGGUCUGGUCGUCAACCGUCCAACAGUCAAGAAACAGCAGCAGCCACCAAAUUGUCAGUUGAAGCUCCCAUAGAAAAGCUACCAAUUGCUCUUGCUCAUGCAGGCACGUAUAUGCGAAAGACACAUCUAAGUUAUGAGGAAUAUUACAAACUGUUGAAAAGAAAUGAAGUUGAACUUGAGGGUUUGGCAUUGGAUCUUGACAAACUGUUGCAUUACUUUAGAGCAAGUCAUCUACGUGAAGUGCUCAUGGAAGCUAAUGUAACUCAGCCUCCUGAUUUGAAACGGUUGAGUGACAGGAAUAUUGAUGAGUUAGAUAUAAGUGAACGUGACAAAAAUGGUGUAAGAAAUGUGAGAAGUUUUAUGAUGUCUUCUAGUCAUGCUCAUCUGACAUGGCAGAUGGACAUUGAGUUGGUUGCAAGAGAGAAUCCCAAAGCGUUGUCUCUACUUGAAUAUGCAUCAUUUCUGUCUUCAAGAGACAUUCCAGAGAAGCUUGUUCGUCCUCUUGUGUUUCAUGAAUAUGCCAAUUAUGAAUACAGCUUGUGUGUCUCAACUUUGUCUUCACACAAUUUAGUUGAAUGGCACGAGACAGCAGAAGGUUACACUUUGAAUAUUCAUCCAUUGGUGCAGUCAACAGUGAUGGAACGUGUCAAGCAGCAGCCAGAUGAGAUGGAACUUAAAAUAACUGAUGUUUGUAAGAAUAUGCUGUCUCAUAGACCGCACAGUGCAAUGGACUUAAAUUGUGUUCCAAGUGAUGUACGACUUCAACUUGCUUCUCACUCGUAUUCAUUGGCUAAGCAUGUAUUGCUAGCUGAUGUAGAAAUACCAACUUGCUUGGAUUUGGUUAGGUAUACAUGUGUUACUUUUUCACAGUUCCAGCCUCCUGACAGGUUAUGUUAUUUGUGUGAAAAAUGGUACCACAAAGUGAUGCAGUUGGACAGUUUUCCAUAUGAGGGUAAACGCACUUUGGUCAUAGAAGCAAGUAAUCUUUUGAGUAAGGCAUAUUUUAAAAAGUUGAAAGUAAAGGAAUCAUUAGAUUUGAGUCUGAAAACCAAGAAGAUGAUUGAUGAGUUAAAACCAGAUGAGAAGAAAGAAAUACAUGGACAUCAUAAACAUGUGUUAGAGAACGUUCAUCAAUGCUAUCGCAUGCUAAAGAAAUUUGAAGAAGAAAAGUUUUAUCUGAAAGAGCUGAUGUUGGUGAUGAAAAAUCGUGGAGAACAACUUGGAUGUGAAUUUGCUUGUGUUGAAUGUGAAAUGGCAGAGAACUACUUAAAGAGGGGUAAACAAGACAAAGCAAUGAAAUUAUGCCAACAAGUGAUGGAAAAGUUAAAUGAUAUGGAGGAAUAUGAUCAGAUCAAAGCGAUGACAACAUUAUCAAAAUGUUUUUUAUCUUUUGGAGAAUUUGAAAAAGCAGUUGAUUUAUUGGAUAGGUCAUGGAAAUUGCUUUCCAGAUUUGAUUAUUACAAUUUUCUUUAUGACCGUCUUGAUGUCAUGAAGUUCAAGUGUGAGUGUGAGAUUACAAGACCUAAUGGAUCAAAAGACAAGCUUACUGAAGCAUUGGAAAUAGCAAAAUCAGCUUUGUCUAUUGCUCUGUCUUUACUACCGUCAGAAAUUUGGAAGAUUUUCAGUUGGAAACUGCAAAUUGCUAAAUGUAACAGGAAAUUAGGAAACAUGGAAACGUGCAUUGAACAACUGACAGAGAUGAGGAAAGUCGAGGAGGCAAACAUGCCUGAUUCGCGUUACAGACUAUGUGAUGUAAUCAAAGAAUUAGGAGACACUCUUUUCGAUAGAGGUGAUUUAAUUGAAGCUCUGACGUGUUACAAGGAAGCAUUAAAACUGUACCAGCAGGAGGACACUUAUCAUUUGGACAUUGCUAAUACUCUCGGGUUUAUUGGUACAGUAUAUUAUGUGAUGGAUAACCUCACUGAUGCUGUAAAGCAUUUUGAGCAGUCUAUAGAAAUUAGAGAACAGAAGCAGUUAUCACUUUGCCUUGAAGCUGGUCUAUGUUAUGGAUAUCUUGGAGAUUGUUAUGGGCUGAUGCUAGAACAAGAUCUACAAGUACUUUAUCAAGCACGAGAGGCAUUUACUAAAUCUCUCAACAUACUGUUAUUGUAUUCAAAUUGUGAUCAAGAAAUAGUGGACAUGUUGUGGCACCUUGCUGCUACAUAUGGCAUGAAAAUUGAUGCGGUGACUAUAGAUGAGAAGGCCAGUACGCUAAAACUAAUAGCAAGGGAAGCAUAUACUUGGAGAGAUUAUGCCAGAGCUAAAGAUUUGUUCUACAUGCAAAUGAAAGUUGAAGCUGCUGCAAUGGUUUUACAGCCAGCACAAAAAGUUAUUGUGCUGCACAACAUCGGUUGGUGUCAGAUGCAUCUCUCACAGUUGGAUGAAGCUGAGGAAACAUUUACUGAAUCACUGAGAAUUGCUCAAUCUCUGAGACCAGAAGAGCAUCAAGGUUUACGGAUUUCAUCCAUCAAAAAUCUGCUUGGACUACUAGUUCGGAUGCUGAAGUACUUUAGAAUGUUAUUAUUUACUAUCAGACUUAUUAGUAACACAAUACAGUCACAAGAUUCAUGAAGUGUAUUUUACAGUUAGUACUGAUUGUCAUAUGUCUAUAUGUUUGUUCGCGUUUGUCUGCUUAUUGAUAUCAAAUAUUUUCUAAACUUUAUAGACAAUAAUGAUUUACACUUUGUCUCAAAUUCCAAUACACUACAG